AUGGUAAAUCCCAAACAGAUUGAAGAUAUCACCUCCAUUUUUGACUAUUUGCAGCCAUGGAUGGACUUCAUGAGCUCUCUUCCUCAAGAUGGGAAAGUAGUUUUAGUUGGCCAUAGUUUUGGCGGCAUUUGUAUUUCUCUGGCCAUGGAAAACUUCCCUGAGAAAGUCUUGGCGGCUGUUUUUGUGGCAGCCUUUAUGCCCAAUUGCAAUGUCCCGCUAAUCACCAUACAACAAGAAUUCUUCAGAUGGACGCCCAUGGACUCGCUUAUGGAUUGCACAUUUACAUUUGGUGCUGGCCCCGAAAACCUCCCGACUUCUGGCUGUUUUGGUUCAAUUUACUUGGAAGAAAGGAUGUAUUUGCAAAACUAUCUGACUGCCUAUAGAUUGCCGAAUAUGCAGGAGAAAGAAUUAGCGAAAAUGCUAGUUAGACCAUGUGGAACAUUCUUGAAAGACUUGGCAAAGGAAUGCCCACUAACAGAAGCAAAAUAUGGCUUCAUAAACCGGGUAUAUGUAGUGUGCCAUGAUGAUGGUGUGACGAAGGAAGGAUUUCAAAGAUGGGUAAUCGAGAAUAGCCCACCAAAAGAAGUGAAAGCCAUUCAUAAAGCCGACCAUGUGGUCAUGCUGUCAAAGCCCCAAGAACUUUGUCAGUGUCUCCAAGAGAUCGCCCAAAAAUAUUAG